CUAUCCUCCCUUGCGCUGUGGUGUGGCAGCUUCCUUUGAUGAUGAGACCAUGAAUCUUGAGCAGCGAAUAUACAUGCUGGAGAAGACCCCCUAUGGAGCUGAUGUCAACAUCUUCAAUCCACCUUCGGGGAAUCAUUGCCAUUCCUCUGCUGUGGACUCUGUGAUGCCACAAGAAUCGUCAACUAUGGUUGAUCGAAAUGGAGAGGAGGAAGAUGACGAGACUGAUCGAAUCUACACAAUAGAUGCAGUUCAUGGUGCUACAGUUAUUGAUGAAAACGAGGAUGAGGAAUUGAUUCGCUCAAGGUUGAAGGAAGAGAGUGAUCAAAAGGGCCAAUUUGAUCGAGGAGAAACAGAUGAAGGUGAUAUAAAGAAGCUUUACAUGAGGCUGGGGGCUCUGGAAGCAGACAGGGAAUCAAUGAGGCAGGCAAUCAUUUCAAUGAGGACAGAGAAGGCGCAGAUUGUGCUUCUCAGGGAGAUUGCACAGCAUCUUUGCAAAGAGGUGAAGCCAGAAAGGACAAUCGUGAAGAAGAACCGAUCUUUGUUUGGAGUUUUUUCCAUUUUGUCUUUAAUCAAAGUAAGCUUUUUCAAUUUACUUGUUGCCUGGUUCUAUAUUUGAAAGUUUAUUUAGGUUAUUAGUUCAACAUGCUGCUGUGAAGCUAAGAAAAAUUUACGAUUAAUAUUGAC